GAAAGGAUUGGUCUCAAUCCAGAGGGCACGCGACCCAUAAAAACAUCAACUUCGGAUUCAGAAUCAAGUUUAAUGUUAUCACCAAGAUCCUCAGACACAAAAAGAACUCAUGCACAACCGAAAGUGUUGGUCAAAGGAAAUCCUAUGAGCUUUCUGCACAGGGAAAUUCGAAUGGUACUUGUUGGAAGGACUGGAGCUGGUAAAAGUGCAACAGGGAAUACAAUAAUUGGAACUGGAAAGGCAGCAAUGGUAUUCAAAUCAGGAUUAAAGGCAAUGUCUAAUACAACGACAUGCAAACAGCAUUGCUUUAAACGCUUUGGGUACGACUUGCAACUUGUUGACGUCCCAGGAUUGUGUGACACAAACAGAUCACAUGAAGACAUCAAGAAAGAGGUAAUGAAAUGUAUGGGUAUGUCAUCUCCUGGAAUACACGCCAUUCUUUUCAUCAUUAGACUUGGUAGAAUGGGUGAAGACGACAAAAAUACAAUGGAAAGGUUCCUGCGAUGCUUUGGAAAAGAAGCUAAAAGAUUCGUCAUUGUUGUAUUUACUGGGAAGGAUGACUUGGAAGAGGCAGGUGACUCCAUUGACAACUAUGUUAGAGAUAUUCCAACGACACUGAAGCAGUUUCUAUAUGAAACAAGUCUUCGUUUUAUGGCUGUCAACAACAGAGGGACGAAUGAAGAAAAGGAGAAAUUUACCCGAGAAUUAAUAGACAAGGUCAGACGCAUGUUUGAUGCAAAUGGCGGCCAGUGCUACACAAAUGAGAUGUACGAGAGAUGUGAAGGUGAUCUUCAAGAAGCUGAGAAAAAGGAAAAACUUAAAGGGAAGAGGCAGAAAGAAUUCGAGGAUAAACUCAAACAAGAAGCUGCUGCUUUUGAAAAACAGUUACAGAGCCAGCGUCUUCAAAUGCAAGAAAUGGAGAAAAAACUUGAACAAGAACGAAAAUCAAGGGAACAAAAAGAUGAUGAGCAGUUGAAAGAACGUCUUAAAGCCAUAGAACUGAGGCAAAAGGAAGAAGAGGAAAAGAAAUGUUUGUAAGAAGAAAAGAAACGACAGGCAGAACAAAAGGAAGCUCAGGAAAACACGAGAAGAGAGCUUGAGAGAAUAAAAGAUGACCAGAGAAGACAGAUGGAAGACUUUGAGCGUAGGAAAGAAGAACUGCGUCUUGAAGAGAUCCGUAAACAAAUGCGAGAUAAGUUAGAAUAAGGCAACAUGGGUUUCAUACGAACUGCUUGGCAAGCAGUAAAGAAUGUUGUGUCUUCACUUUGGUAAUGACAGCCAUGUCUGAAAGAACAGCAAGAUAUAUCAAGUAUCUCAUUGGUCAAUUUCCACGUGUGCCAUUAUUGCGGGAGAUAUGAAAAAUGUGUUUUCCCGUCUAUGUGGAAAUUGACCCAUGAGAGCUGUCACCGAGUCAAUCAGAGAAUUACGGAAACUGUCGAUGUUUACCGAGGAGAGGCCAGACGUUUGGUCAAAAGAAUUACCUAUAGGCUCAACACAAUGUUCUUGUGAAACGUAAGGUUUGAUUGAACCGCACGUUAAGAUAGUCGGGCUGUCCUGUUUUCGAUCAUUUUUUUAGCAUCGGGAGUGUCACCCCUUGUGUAUGCAAUUAAUUAGUGUAGCGGUAGAAUUUCCUAAAAUCUUUAUUUCUUCACCGAUUUUGUUCAAUUUUGAAAUGUAUAUUAAUCAUAACAAUACAAGCAUUAUGUGAGUGAAAAAGUAUAUAUUUGUAUUAUAAAGAAAUUAUCGUCCAAACAGUGAUUCGAACCCCUGUGCUGUCUUUUCUCUGACGGUAGUUAACCUUUCCUAUUGUUCAGCAAAACAAUCUGUUAGCGGUUCAUUCGCUCUAUUUUACCAUUUUAGGGUCUGAAGCUGCAGGAAAUGUUUAGUCUCAGAAAUGAGGAACUGAGUUGAAACAUAAGUGACUGCUACAGUUCCCUACUUUAACUUGUACCAGAUAUUCCUGUCUUUACAGGUUAAGGUGUUUUAGCCUUUGCUUGUGUUCGCGACUGGAGCAUUGUGAUACAGAAUUCGCACACGGUUUUCGUGAACACGUGUUCUUGUUUAUUUGUAUGUUUUGUUUGUUUGUGUAGUGUCGCACUCGGUAAUAUCACCAGGUGAUUAUAUAGAUCGUUGCGUGUGUGUGUGCACUUGUUUGCUAGUUUGUGCGUGCGUGCGUGUGUGUGAAUUAUCUGGGUAUAGCUGGGCGUUUCAUUGUCCUGAAAGACCUUACAUUUGUUUAGUACUUGGCUAAUGUGAAUUUUGUGUAGCUUGGUGUGUACACAAAACCUUCUGGAGCAGACAAGUGUCGUUAUCAAUAACCGUUUGACAUGUUCUGCAACUGUUCCUUGGUAAAAUUUACCUUUUCGUCUGUGUCGUCUGCCUUUUAGCCCUUUUGCCAAGGCUUUGCAUUAGACGUAGCUCAGUUGUAGCUAGAUCUGUAGAAGAUGUGAUAUACUAUCUUCUUGAUUUUUGUGUCUCAUGAUAGGCUCUUGUCCUAGAAACAAUAUGAGAAAGGGACGGACAUAACACUACAGACUAGAAAAUCACCGCAUUACCAGUGGAAGACUUACGAGGGAUAUGGGACUUCAGACGGUCAGACUCGGUGUGCAACUGAAAGAAAAUAAUCUGCUGCGCAUUCAAAACUGUGCUCUUUUUUCCUCUUUUUUCCCUGUGAUCACAGAGCAUUCUUGGAGACAUGACAAACUAAAAUUAACAAUAUAAAUUUCCAGGAUCGAUGUGAAACCAGGAAGUGUGACCAACUCAUGACAAGGAUCAAACUGGAAAUAAUGUGACACGAACAGCAAAAAAACACAAGAAGAACUUGUGUUUGUAUUGCGGACCUAAAUGUGAACACUCAACACGGAUUUACCUCAUGGAAGCGUUGGUAAAUAUACCAACUUUCUACACUCUUGUAAAUCAUGAAAAUAAUGCCUAACUGUGUACGCCCUGACCAGUAAGUAUAUCUCUAACACUUUUAGGCUGUAAUGUACACCACUAUUUUAUCUAAUAGAAAUGGGUAUCAGUUUAUUGUAUGAUACAAGCCAGAUGUUCCGUCAAUUCAUAACCCUACAAAUUUAUAUGUACGUCUUAAAGCUAAUUCCGUGGACAAGAAGCUUUAUUUCUCUCGAUUUUAUUAUUCAGUUAGCACAGUAUGAUGAUAUCAAUAGUGUAUAAAGUAGCCUAAUACUGUUUAAUACAGACCAAAGGAAUGUGCUACACUAUUCUGAUGUUCAGAUGAAGCCGGAUAACUAAAACUUUCCAUACCUCUCGUAAAUAAUCCUUUCGUCGUUGGGAAAUAUUACCUUUUUGUUUCAUGAUAUAAGUAGCUUGUAUUAUAUCAGCACACCAUUAGAGUGUAAAGUUGCUUCAUAGUGCUCAAUAUAAACUUGAUGCACUGUCUUAUACAAGCCAGUCGAUACAUCGAGCCAUGAUACAACCUUCUAUGUCAUUUCGUAAAGGAAUUCUUGUUGCUAAAAAACAUCUUUCUCUUGGUUCUAUAGCGCUGCUUCAUACUGCGUAGUAUAUGCAUCACCAAACUAAUGGUAUAGUUAAGAAGUAUUAUCUCCCUUGUUUCAUGACACAGUUUGUAUUAUAUCAUGCUACCAGCAGUGCAUACAGCUGCUUCAUACCGUGUAAUUCAGACCAUAGGUUUUUGCAUGGUAUAAUCCAGAUGUUCCGUUGACGGAUAAAAAUUGUGUAAAACUAAUUCAGUGGAUAGGCAGUAUUGCUAUACUACAGUACUAAUUCUUUGUAAGGUUUCUUACACAUUGUUUAAUAGAGGCUGUAAAACUAUCUUUGGAAAAUGUUGAAUGCAGGAGCGCGAGUAACAUCCCAGUAUGGAGGAACCUUGAUCCUAACCUGGACCUGGAAAACUAUAAGAAUAUCAAUAACCCCAAUGCACGGAAGUAUGUCUUAGAAAAAAUAGAAAAAUAUAACCUAAGUGAUGCUUGGCGGCAAAUACAUGGUAAGAAAAAUAUACACGAUAGCGGAAGAAUCUUAGACAACAGGCUCGUCUCGAUUAUUUCUUAGCAUCAGAAAAUAGCUUUAAUAUAACUCUGGAGUCUAUUAUCAUCCCUGGAUACAAAUCCGACCAUUCCGCCAUCACACUAUCACUCUCAAAUAACCUUAGCAAACAAAGAGGAAAAGGAUACUGGAAAUUUAAUGCUUCGCUGUUAUACCAUAGGGAAUUUAUGUCCAAUGUUCAGAGGAUCUUACGAGAAACAAAAAUUGAAUAUGCAGAUAAUGACCAAAUCGACAACAAUGCUGAAGAUAUUGAUGACUUGGAUCUUAAGUUAAAAAUCUCUAACGGUUUAUUCUCAGAGACAUUACUUAUGGAAAUACGAGGCUACUGUAUAUCAUUUUCAUCAUUUAUAAAAAAAGAUAAAUGUAACAAACUCCAGAACCUAGAAAACAAAGUAGCUGAAAUUGAAGAUGACAUUAGAAACGAUUAUCAAAGUAUAAAUGAAAAGACACUUGGAGACCUCUCAAGACUUAAAAAAGAAUUUGAAAAUAUGAAAGAAGAAGAAUCCAGGGGACACCUUAUAAGAACACGUCUUAGGUUGUAUGAAGAAGGAGAAAAACCUUCAAAUUAUUUUUGCAAUUUGGAGAAUAGAGAUUAUACAAAUAAACUAAUCAAUCAAGUGAUAAAUAGUAAUAACUGUAUAAUAAUUGA